AUUUUAGCUCAAGGAUGCACAAAUUUUGUUGAUGCCAAGCAGUUAUAUCUUGUAAAAGAUAACUUAAAGAGAUUUAAAACACAUUAUGAAGCUCAUAGCUUUUUGAAAAAAAAACAUUAUUUCUUUUAUAUAUAAAAGAACGAAUGAUGUUUAUAAAAAUCAUCGAAUAUUAUGACCUAAAAUUAAACCAUGGAAACUCCUUCAAACUAUGUGCAAGCAAUUUUUUCUUUCAAAGGCAGUAAUAAUGAUGAGCUGUGUUUCAAGAAAGGACAGAUUAUUUCUAUAACACAGCGAGAAGACGGUGGUUGGUGGGAAGGCACGUUGGACGGAAAAACAGGCUGGUUUCCUAGCAAUUAUGUUACUGAAUACAAAACAUCUCCAACCACACUUUUAUCAGGAAGUAUGGAAGGUCCACUGUCGGGACCUACGUCCCCAAGUUCAAUUGCUUUGCCCAUUGAUCUGGCUGCUCAGCAAAAACUUUACAAAGGCGUUGUCAUCAAAGAUUUGCUAGAGUCUGAAAGGUCUCACGUAAACGAGCUACGAACGCUGGUAGUGAACUAUUUACGACCCUUAAAAACGGCAGAAGUUUUGAAUCCUGAUGAAUAUUCCAAAUUAAUUGGAAAUAUUGAAGAAGUACUGAUCAAGUACUCGAGGCUGCUGGCAGCAAUGGAGGAGGGUGGUGAAACUGGAGAAGGUGUAAAAAUAGGGAAACUCUUCCUCACAUCUGCUCCUGGGCUCUCAGAGUGUCUUCAGAUCUAUUGUGCAAACCACCCAUUUGCCGUUGCCUUACUCGAAAUUAGAAGGGAGGCACUGAAUAAUUUUAUGGAGUCUCGUGGGGCACAAGCGCCUGGUCUUCUAGUUCUGACAGCAGGUCUGAGUAAGCCAUUUCGUCGAGUUGACAAAUACCAAGGCUUGUUGCAAGAGGUCCUCCGUCAUAUAACCGAAACUGACCCAGACCGAGGAGACACUCAGCGAGCAGUUCACGUCUACAAAGAAUUAGCAGUGAGCUGUAGUUCGAUAAGAAGACAGAAACAACUACAACUGGAGGUUUUGUCCGGGACUGUCAGGAAUUGGGAAGGAGAGGACGUAGCUGCACUCGGAGAUAUUGUUCACAUGGGAUCAGUUGCCGUUGGUCCUACUCACAGUGACAGAUACCUUGUUCUUUUCCCUAAAACGCUACUCGUUCUGGCAGUUUCCUCUAGGAUGAGUGGCUUUAUUUAUCAGGGCAAGUUGCAACUGUCUGCAAUCCAGAUUAAAAAGCUAGAGGACUCGGAAAUUUAUAAAAAUGCAUUUGAAAUCACAAGCCCCAUGAUUGAGCCUAUCAUUGCCGUUUGCCAAACUCGCGAGGAUCAACAGAGAUGGAUAGAAUUAAUCCAAAAUCAGUCAACUAUGCUGCCUCAGAAUUCAACCACCACCCCCUCCCAGAUAAUCAAAGAAAAACCAAACCCUCCUCAGCAUCAAGUUGCCACCUCGCCUCAUCAUCGCGUCACUUCCCCUAUCAGCCAUUCUAACAUUAGUAUGGCCGCAGCAAUUCUACCUCCGCCUGUUCGAGCAGUUUCAGUGGGUUCAACUCCUCAGGGAAAAACUCACCCAUCGCCGCCGCCACACAAAAAAGGAGCCUCCGACUCCAUGCUGCUGAAAGGCUGGAGUCUCUCGUGCCUACGACCAAAGCCCCCAUUGCGAGCCGGUCUGGGCCUUGGAGCUCAAGCAGGCGACCAGCAGCGGACCCUGCGCAAGAAGGAAGAGCGAAGUUAUGAAGAGGACGCUCAAAUCCUCAGCGUUAUUGAAGCCUACUGUCUCAGUUCUAAAACAAGACACACCCUGAAUUCAAGUCUUAUAGAUUCCCCUCAAGUUUUGAUAGCUGAAGAAGAAAAGAUAAUUGUGGAAGACCAUUCUGGAGGUCACACUGUCAUAGAAGAAAAGAGCCUUGUUGAUACUGUCUACGCUUUGAAAGACCAAGUAAAAGGUCUAGCUGCACAAAUGGCUGCAGUUGUCAGAAGACUGGAUACAGAAGAAGGUCACAGAGCAACCCUUCAGCUAACACUCAAUACAAUGUUUGCCGCUUCCAAUAACACAAAGACUGCUGCUGCUGAUACUUUGACAGCAGAUUCGACAAAAAAGGAAAGUUCUAUUCCUAAUAAUAUUGCCUCCGAUUAAUGUACUACAAUACACUACUUAUUUUAAACCACCAGUAUGAAUAUAAUUAUAUUAUGCAAUAAAAUAAUAAUUUUUAUCCAAAAUAGCUCAUAUAUUUUAUAAAAUAUUUGAAAUAUUUAACACAAAACACGCACACUGUUGUUAUAUCAUGAACUCUAUUUUAAUGUAUUCUGCUAAUAUGGUUUUUAUUGUAUGUAUUAAAAAGUAUGAA